GGCGAAAAGAAUCCAAUCGAUGACUCUAUGCUCUGGUUCGCUACUCAUCGAUUCGUUCCGACUCUCCCAGCCGUCCUGAGCCCCGGUGGAGUGGGGAUUCUUGUGUGAGUGAGAUGAGGAAACCAAGACAGCAAUCAGUUAAGUCACUCACCUUCAGGCGCAUUUAGUAAUCUCCUGCGUGAGCUCUAUCCCUUCAGCUCCAGAGCUCUCUCCAGUGGGAGCUCACCUUCCACAAGCUUCUCUUUUAAGGGGCCUGAUCAUGAACACCUCCCAGGGCACUGUGGGCAGUGACCCUGUCAUCCUUGCCACGGCCGGCUACGACCACACCGUCCGCUUCUGGCAGGCCCACAGUGGAAUAUGUACCCGCACAGUACAGCACCAAGACUCACAAGUGAAUGCCCUGGAGAUCACCCCAGACAGAAGCAUGAUUGCCGCUGCAGGUUACCAGCACAUUCGGAUGUAUGAUCUCAAUUCCAAUAACCCCAACCCUGUUAUCAACUAUGAUGGAGUGAGCAAGAACAUCACCUCGGUGGGCUUCCACGAGGAUGGCCGCUGGAUGUACACGGGCGGAGAAGACAGCAUGGCCAGGAUCUGGGACCUUAGGUCACGAAAUCUCCAGUGCCAGCGAAUUUUCCAAGUGAAUGCACCCAUAAACUGUGUGUGUCUGCACCCCAACCAGGCCGAACUGAUUGUGGGUGACCAGAGCGGCGCUAUCCACAUCUGGGACCUAAAAACUGACCACAACGAGCAGCUGAUUCCUGAGCCUGAGGUCUCUGUGAAUUCAGUUCACAUCGACCCUGACGCCAGUUACAUGGCAGCUGUCAAUAGUACAGGAAACUGUUACGUUUGGAACUUGACUGGAGGCAUUGGGGAAGAAGUGACUCAGCUAAUUCCCAAAACCAAAAUUCCAGCUCAUACGAGAUAUGCCCUGCAGUGUCGGUUCAGCCCGGACUCCACGCUCCUGGCCACCUGCUCAGCAGACCAAACAUGCAAAAUCUGGAGGACCUCAAAUUUCUCUUUGAUGACUGAAUUGAGCAUCAAGAGCAAUAAUCCUGGUGAGACUUCGAGAGGCUGGAUGUGGGACUGUGCCUUUUCUGGAGACUCUCAGUACAUUGUGACAGCCUCGUCUGACAAUUUAGCACGGCUGUGGUGUGUGGAUACAGGAGAGAUCAAGAGGGAAUAUGGUGGACACCAGAAGGCUGUAGUCUGCCUGGCAUUCAAUGACAGUGUUUUGGGCUAGCUUGAAAGCCUCCUCUCUGCCUUUGUGCCUUCAGGGAGCAGGAGCUGCUCAAGACUGCUGUACUAGCCAAAAAAAAUGGGCUUUUCUGACCACAGAAAGUCUCAGCUUUGGCUCAGAGAGGAAUACUGUCUCUCGCCCUUCUUGGUCUGAGGGCAGUGGAGAACAGUUCACAGGAAUGGAACUGGGGGAAGAGCAAAAAGGGACCUUGGGACUGAGCCUUCCAGUGGCUAGUCGUAGGGCAAUUGGGCUAUCAGUUUCCAGCAUGGCUAGAACAUGCCCUUUCUAUGUACAUAUAUACAAAUGUAGAUGGAGAAUUGUUGAAUAUUAAAAAGCCAGGUGCAUCUGGUAUCUGCAAAGAG